ACUUAUUUCACUUAGAACGAUGCUCUCCAGGCCCCUCCAUGCUGUCUGAAAGGGAGGUCGGGAUUUCCUGGUUACACAGUCCAGAGGAGAAGACUGGAGAGUGUUUUUCCCCGCCUCACAGCCAAUGGUGGAGCCUGCAGUGGUGCUCACAGCGCACACGUGGGAUUGAAGUUCGGAAUCACUGCCGAAACCCACGCCAGGUCCGGGACAGAGACCUCCAUUCCUGCAGCGGCUUCUACUCCCGCCGCUCCCGCCCCGCUCCGCCCACAGAGGGCAAUGGCCCGGCCGGUGCUGAGGAGACGGGCUGAGGUUGGCGUGACCUUUGAGGACAUUGCCCUGUACUUCUCCAGGGAGGAAUGGAGCUUCCUUGAUGAGGGUCAGAGACAGCUGUACCUGAAUGUGAUGCUGGAGAACUUUGAACUUACAUCUUCCCUGGGUUGCUGCUGUGGAACAGAGGAUGUGGAGGCACCCACUGAACAGAAGGUUUCUGUAAGAGUGUCACAGGCAAGUAUUCCCAAGUUAGCCUUGUCUUCUGAGGAGAGCCACCCCUGUGAGAGGUGUGGUCUAGUCUUGGGAAACAUUUUCCACUUGACUGAGCAACACAGACAGAUACUGUUGAGGUGUGGGGCGUGUGCACAAGCAUUUUAUUUCAGUACAAAAUUUCACCAGCAGCAUGUGAGAGAGAAGACUUUCAUUAGAGAUGUGGACAGGAUCUCACUUGCAAACAGCUGCAAUUUCCAGGUGUCCCAGAAUCAUGUCACCUGGGGGGAGGUGGGACAGGGUGUCCUUACUGAGUCAGGACAUCUCCACCUAAAGGCUGCUGAGACCAGCAAUAGGCCAGAAGAUAUGUUGAAAUGUGGGGUGAAGUUUCAAAGGAGAAAAAAAUAUAACAAAGUCAUUGGCUGCAAUCACACGUUUAUUCAGGACAAGUGUGUCCAUGCUGGAAGUCAGUGUUUUCUGUGCUGUAAAUGUGGGAAUUACUUUACCAAAUUUUCUAGCUUUCAUUAUGAACAUGGAGAAAAGCCUUACAAAUGCAGUGAAUGUUGGAAAUCUUUUACGACGAUGCAUAGCCUUCAUUGUCAUCAGAGAUUUCACACAGGAGAAAGGCCUUAUGAGUGCAGUGAGUGUGGGAAUUCUUUUACCAGUAGCACUGCCCUUCAUCGUCAUCAGAGAGUUCACACAGGAGAAAAGACACACAAAUGCAGUGAAUGUGGGAAAUCUUUUAAGAGAAUUGAUAGCCUUCAUUGUCACCAGAGACUUCACACUGGAGAAAGUCCUUUUGAGUGCAGUGAAUGUGGGAAAUCUUUUAUCAAUAGCAGUGGCCUCCAUUACCAUCAAAGUUUUCACACUGGAGAAAGGCCUUAUACAUGCAGUGAAUGUGGGAAAUCUUUUACAACUAACAGUGAACUUCAUCGUCAUCAAAGAGUUCACACAGGAGAAAAGCCUUAUAAAUGCAGUGAAUGUGGGAAAUCUUUUACGAGGAUUGACAGACUUCAUUGUCACCAGAGAUUUCACACUGGAGAAAGUCCUUAUGAGUGCAGUGAAUGUGGGAAGUCUUUUACCAGGAGCACUGCCCUUUAUUGUCAUCAGAGAAUUCACACAGGAGAAAAGCCUUAUAAAUGCAGUGAAUGUGGGAAAUCUUUUACCACUAGCACUACCCUUCAUCGGCAUCAGAGAAUUCACACAGGAGAAAAGCCUUAUAAAUGCAGUGAAUGUGGGAAUUCUUUUAUGAGGAUUGAUAGACUUAAGUGUCACCAGAGAUUUCACACCAGAGAAAGUCAGUACAAGUGCAGUGAAUGUGGGAAAUCUUUUACCAGGAGCAGUGAUCUUCAUCUUCAUCAGAGAGUUCACACUGGAGAAAGGCCUUAUGAGUGUGGUAAAUGUGGGAAAUCUUUUACCACUAGCAGAUACCUGCUUUGUCAUCAGAGCUCACACAGGCGAAAAGCCUUAUAACUGCAAUGAGUGUGAGAAAUCUCUUACCAGGAGCGAUCAUCUCCUAUAUCAUCAGAGAUUUCACAGUGGAGAAAGCCAUUAUUAGUCCAGUUAAUGUGAGAUAUCUCAGCCAAAUUUUUUAAUUGGCUAUGCACAAAAGAGACCAAAUGUGAGAAAUAUCUUAGAUGUGUAGGAAAUGUUUCUUAGUUCCAUCUUAGCAAUAGUAUAAGAAAGUUUGUGAAGUCUCAUUAGUCUGAAUUGUAUCUCAUACACUUAAUCACCUACUUUAUGAAAAGUCCCCUCAAGUGACUUUGUUGUUAUGUUUGUUUAUGUUGGUAUCAUAUGAAUCUAUGUUGCACUUUCUAACAUACAGAGAUGUGUUGCCAGGUCUAUGUCACUGCAUAUUUCUGUUGCUGAAGGUAUUUCACCUGAACCACCUAUAAGGUCCCUACAGAUGGCAUCAGUCACCAUCUUCCUGUGCCCAGGGAAGCUAACUCUGUUGCCUAAUUUGUUGAAGAAAAUGAGGAAUACCUGAGCCCUUAGUUCUUGUUUCCCUGUCUUGUGUUGCCACAUAGGACUGAUUACUGUUGGCCCCAGUAAACAUAAUGUUGCAGAAGAACUGCCAUUUUCAGGGACACACUUUCCGCAGAUACUAAUGAUGACUUUAUUGCGUGCCUAAGUCACCAAUGGAAGAACUACCAGUCACAUGUCUCUUUGGUUUGUAAAAUAAUGAAGGCUUUUUCCUAAGACUUCUUUAAUCUUGGGUGUGCUGUUUACUAUAUGGGUUAGUUUAUAACGAGAUCUGCACUUUCCAAGCAUGAUGAGGUGAAAAACGUUUAUGGGGUCUGAAAUAUUUUUGCCCUUGGGGAAACAUUAUGGUGCAGAAAUUAUCUUAGCAGUUUUUGCCAAAUUUACAUUGCUGCCCAUGUUUUCCUAGGAAACACUGUGGACUCUCUAGUCCUUAUGUGAUGUUCUGGAUGCUUUGAGACACAGAGAUCACUCCAAAGAGGGGGUAGCUAUGACAGCCUCAAGUAGGUCUUCUUGUAGCAUGAAUUUAUUCCUACUCUUCAAGGGAUGACAAUACAUUUGAAGGGAAUCACUUGCGCAGGUCUUGCAGAGGGCCAUGUGCCCUAAUGCCUACAAUUUCAUGGGUGUUGGUCACUGGUUUGAGGACCAUCGCAAGUAGGGGAAACCCUUUCACUGCAGAAACACAGACCUAAUUGUUGUUGAACAAGACUGCAGCCCAUUAGAUGGAAUGGUCCUCACCUAAACGUGCAUCCGGGCUUUUUUUUAAAAAAAAACUACAAGAGCUGUGUGUACACAUAUCUGAGCCACUCCAGGCAUGUUUAUCUUCUGUGGAGCAGUCAUUGUCAUUGAAUAUAAUCAGUAGCUUUUGUGGCUUCCUGUAGCUUCUCAGAUGUUCCCAUAAGAGCCAUUGGUGCACUGGCAGCAAAACAAGAUGAAGACAAAGACUGUCUUUCAUCCAGGGAUGUGGCUUUUGUGACCCAGUCAGCAUUCCAGUGGGUUUGGGUGAAAGUUCUUCAUUGUUUGUUACAUUUUAUGUCACUGACGUGAGACUCUCGCCCAGAGGACAUAAGAAUGUGGAUUGAGCCGAAACCGGUUUGGCUCAGUGGACAGAGCGUCGGCCUGCGGACUGAAAGGUCCCAGGUUCGAUUCCGGUCAAGGGCAUGUGCCUGGGUUGCGGGCACAUCCCUAGUAGGAGAUGUGC